GUCAGUGAAAAUAUUUUUUGUGUAUUCUUUCUAUGCAGUUAAGCAAUUUCUUAACGUUAUUAUCUCGUCGUGUCCAGACGUGUGUUUAGUUUAUCAAUUUGUCUGGUAAUGGCAACGUUGGAAGAUGAAAAUCGUGAUCUCAAAGAGAAAAACAAUGAGCUGGUCCAAAAAGUACAGUAUUGGAAAAUGGCAGCGGCCGCCAAAGAGGACGAGAAACUGGAGUUAAUGAAAGAAAUUAACGAACUGAGACUGAAAUUAAGCCAUAUUAGAAGUGGUGGGGCAGCAGAGGCCCGUAAGUUAGAUGCAGCAUUGCAAUCCGCCAGUCAAGAAGCUCUCUCGCAUCUUGUACAAGCAUCAACUGCUGUAGCCAGGUCCAUAGAGCUGACAAAGGCAUACAUGCAUGACCGACAAGAGAUAGAAAACUUGAUGCCACGGUGGAGUACCAUCAGCGUCACUCCCAGCAAUGAAAGAGUUCACAGAGUGCCACCUUUGCUGAUGGGUGGCCAGUCGAUACAACCUGUAGUGUCAUUGAGUAGGACUGUAUUAAAUACUAGCUUAUUAUCUAGAAGCCCUAACAGAAAUCGGAAUGUGACAGAGAGAGCUGUUCCGUUACACAUGCUGCAAGAUGUAUAUAUACCUCUGACAAGAAUAGAUGCAGAUCUACCAGGCAGUAAUAUGGACACUGAGAAUGAUGUGAACGUAGCAGAAGACAGUAUACAGGAUUUAGCUCUAGAUGAUAGUAUGGAAAGAUCUCUAGAGGGCGCUCAGGAUAUGUCAGAAGAAAACAAUUUUGAAGUAUCGAGGAGAUUGGAAGCUGUAACAGAAGAUUUAGAACCAGAGACUGAUGUACUAACCCCACCGAGUAGAAGUAGAGUUGAUAAUCCACUGGAAGGCCCGAGUUGGUUAUUGGAUAGCCCAUCAUUCGCAAAGUCUAAGCAGAGAGCAUCUAAAAGUCGCACGAACUUAGAGCCGGAUUCCACGACGGAGUUUGACGACGGCGCCCGCAGUGACUCGCCGGCUUGCAGUCAACGGAUAGAUCAACAGCAACAAGCAGCGCUGUGUGCGUCGACGAUGGCGGCGGCGUGCUUCUCGCCGACGGUGCGUCGCCGCAAGCGCACCGCCAGCCCGCGGGGCCCCGCGCCGCCGCCGCCGUCCCCGUCCCCGUCCCCGCCGCCGGGGCCCGGCUCCUCCCCGCUGCCGGCCGUCCCGAGGGCCCGCUCACGCCGCCAUACCAACAGCGGCCGCGUGCUGAAAGUGUUGGUGGCGAAGAUGCGGCUGGACGGAGACUCGGAGGAGGAACCCACGCCGGCCAAGCGCGCCACCAACGAGGGCCCUGUGACCCCCGCCACCCCCGUCGGGGCCCCCGUGACCCUCGCGCACGCCCCCAGCCCCAACGGAGCCACCGAUGCUGCUCUCCUUGUCUUAGAGCAUAAAGUGAAAAGAGAACGUGGGAGUGGUGAUCGGCGCCAUGUAAGCAGAAAGCCCAGCGGUGGGCACGCGUCUCAUCUGCCCACUUCAGACGAACAGGAACACCCACUAGGGGACGAUGACGGCAUGGCGGGACUGAUGGAAGAUCACAAAACAGACAAAUCUGGCCUAAAAAAUACCAUGGAUGAUGAAAAUUGGUAUGACAGCAUAGGCAUUGGCAGUCGGGUCAGUGCCGAGCUCGGUCAUAGUAGAACCGGUAGCACUGACCUCGGCCAUAGUAGAACCGGCAGCACUGACCCCGGCCAUAGUAGAACCGGCAGCACUGACCCUGGCCAUAGUAGAACCGGCACUGACCCAGGUCGACGGGCGAUCAGCGGUGACCGAGGUCAGAGUAGAGCGGGCAGCGUUGACCUCGGACAGACUCGGACGACCAGCGGCGGACACGACAGCGACAGCGGCAGUGACCACCACACCGAGGGCCGCACUCGACGCCCGAGGAAGGCGGUCACUUACAAGGAGAAGCCGUUGAAUAGGAAAAUGCGGAGAUGAUCAAUAAAUUAAUUACAGUAUUAAUAUUAAUUAUGAUUGCAAUAUUGUUUUUGCUAAAGCACAGCUGAACGCGCCUUUUUCCAUUAUUAUAUUGAAUGGAUAUAGUGUUCGAAUUUACUAGAACUGUACUAUUAGUACAGUGUACUAAACGUGCCUUCUAUGUACGCGUGAAAUUUGUACGAUGUAUUAAUUAGUACUGGACGAAUACUGCCACAAAACAAUAUGGAAUUACAGAGAACGCACUCGAAACAAGAAUAGAAUAAAUUAUUUAUUCGUAUAAAAGGCUGUACGGUCUAAGGAUCUUUGCCUGUUCCAUCAUUGAAAAGUAGAUGGAGGACUAUGGAAAAAAAAAUUAUAAACUUGAAUUGAAAGAAAUUUGGAAAUUCGACUUUAGGGGUAUAAUGAUAAAGUCGAAUGCCGUUUUUGUUUUAACUUAUUUGAAGUAUGCGAUGUAUUCUUUUUAAAUCCGUUACGACGCGCGCCAUUUUGUUGUAGUUUUAUUGUACUACGUCUGUAAACUUUUGUGACUUGCAAAGUUUUAUCGCAAUGCCUAUAAUGGCGCAUAAAUUCUGAACAGACGAACAGAAUUAAUAUCGAUUUCGUAACUAGUUAUGUGAUAAAAUAAUAAAUCAUGGAAAACACCAUUUAUAUACAUUUUUUAAUAAAAUCGACUAUUUUUAAGCCGAUUUUUUUCAACCAGUAGGUUUAUAAAAAAUAUGACCUAAAAAGAAAAAGAACACACAAUGUUAAGGGUCCAAAAAUAAGGGCUGUAAUAAAAUGAUUUAUGUAUAUUCGAUAAAUAAUGGAUUUUUAUACAGAAUGUCUCUCGCGUCCCCGACAGUUUUUUUAUUUAAAUUAAUUGGAGUUUUCCCAGAAUGUAAAUGUAGAAAUUGCAUUUUAUAUACAAAAAAUUAGUAUAUGUAUUAUUGCAUGUAUGUAUAUACCUCUGAGUUUUAGGUUAACACUUGAUUACAAUGUUAAUAAUAAAUUAACUUAUACUAAUUAAAGAAAACGAAUAUGUUUCAAUCAUGUACACGUGUAUAAUGCAUUGUUUUUUAUAUUAUUUCAAUAGCCUCGAUUAAGUAAGCGAUUCUUACUUAUUUCAUGUUUGAAAUAAAUUGUUUUAAAUUAUUUAAUGGACUUUAUUUUGUUUAAUUCCGCUACCAUAAACAUGAGAGAGUCCACAAAUAUUCAGUGUGGAAACCAGUUAACAAUAAAAAUAAUGUAUAUUAAACACAAAAGUUUAAAAAUACACUUAUAUUUUAAUAAUUUCUGGGCAUGAAAUUGCAGGAUAUGUGAUAAUGACAGUUAAUUUGUGAAAGCCUAUCAGUGGCUUAGUGUAUUUUUU